CCUGCUUACCAGAAUUUGAGACAGCGCGUUGACAACUUUGUUUCCAAUCAUUUGGCAACUCAUACCUGGAGUCCUCAUCUCAACAAGAACCAGCUGAGAAAUAACAUUAGGCAGCAGGUUCUCAAGUCUGGAAUGUUGGAAUCUGGAAUUGACAGAAUUAUUUCUCAGGUUGUGGACCCAAAGAUCAACCACACAUUCAGACCUCAGGUGGAAAAAGCGGUCCAUGAAUUUUUAGCCACAUUGAAUCACAAAGAGGAGGCAGGCCCCAGUACAGCUCCAAGUGAGGAGAAAGCAGAUGCUUCUCUUACAGUACAAGGUGUCACCACUACAGCUCCUAGUGGCAACGUAGCUAAUGAUGCAAUGUCCAUUUUGGAAACAAUAACUUCUCUUAACCAAGAAGCAAGUGCUGCCAGGGCUUCAACAGAGAACUCAAAUCCCAGGAACGACAGAGUUGCAAAGAGACUGUCAUCUCAGCAGAGCAUAGAUGGUAGCACUGAUAGAGAGAGAAGUAUGGACGACUUACCAGACAGAGAGAAAGCAGUCUGUGAUCUUCCUGGAGAAGGAGCUGAAACAUUUGCAAAGUGUGAAGAUUUAAAUGAGCUUCCUUGCCAAAGUGAAGAAAUAAAAAAUUCAGCAAAGGAUAGUAAUAAUUUGACUUUUUCAAGUAAAGAAAUGCAACAGGAAAGCGAAGAUCAAAAGAGCAAAUUGUUAGAUAAAUGUGACAGGAAACCAGACAGCAGUGAAAAAGGUGAACGAAGAAAAGAAAAGAAGGAAAAACUUGACAAGAAGUCUGACCAUUCAAAGAAAAUUGAUGAUACUACAAAGUCAAAAGAAGAAAAGCAAUCAAGAGAGUGGGAACCAGUGAAACAGUCAGUGCCAGAAAAAAAUAGCAAUAAACAUAGAACAAGUGAAAGCACUAAAGAAGAAGAUAUGUCAGUAGAUUCAGAUAUGGAUGUACUCAGUGACAUCACUGUCAGCUCUGUCCAUACCAGUGACCUUUCUUCCUUUGAAGAGGAGAGCGAAGAGGAGACUGUAAUUUCUGACAGUACUGAAGAGGGGGAGAUCACAUCAGAUGAUGAAGAGGAGAAAAACAGUCAGAGGAAGACAAAGCCUCAUGCUAACGAGCUGUGCGAUGGGAAAGCCAAGCCUGUUCGUCAUGCUUAUGUUCGCAAGCCUUUCCUGUACUCCAAGUACUUCAGUGAUUCUGAUGACGAGCGAACUGUAGAACAACGCCGUCAGUCCAUUGCCAGAGAAAAAGAAGAGAGACUCCUAAGAAGACAAAUUAACAGAGAGAGACUUGAAGAAAAACGUAAGCAGAAAGCUGCAGAAAAAACAAAAUCCCUAAAAACUGGAAGUCAAAACGCUAAAGGAAAAAGUGGAUUGAACUUAGAAGAACCCUCAUCAAGAAGUGUUGUGUCAAAAGCUACUGGUACCAGCAUUAAGGAUGUGCUUAAAGAACAAAAAUUUUUAGAAAAAAAAGUAGCUUUGAGCAGAAAAAGGAAGAGAGAUUCAAGGCAUGCUGAAGAUAGCUGCAAAAAGAAGUAUGAGCCAUCUAAAGAAGAUUCUAAGGAGUUGCAUAAGGCAAAUGAGACUUGUGAAAAGAAUUCUUCCAAAGAAGUGAAGCAUAAUCAUGGGAAAAGUGAAAGUUCUAAACAGCUUAGAAGACUUUCAGAAUCGGUGCAUUCGACUGAGGAAAGCAAAAGUGAUUCUAAAUCAGAAAAAGAACAUAAAAGAAAAACCUCCAUCUCUCUUCAGGCUGAAGGAGCCCAGCAGGAAAGUGAAUCAAGGGAUCCAAAAAGACAACUGGAUAGAGCAGAAGUCAAUACUGAAGAACUACAGAAGCAGAAAUCCAUAUUUAAAAACGAAAAACACACCAGAAAAGAUAGUGACGUAGAAAUUCAACAUCUGAGAAAUGCUGCCAAAAAGGAAGCCAAGUUUUACAGAGAUAAAAAUGAAAAGGAAAGAGUUGCUUUAGAAGAGAAACUAAAGCACAAACAUAAAGGAGACAGAGACAGUAUUCACAAAUCAACUGAAGAUGUUGAACUCCAUUCAUUUGAGAGAAGUUUGAAAGGAGAGGAUGGUGGUCAGAAACAUAGUCAACAAAUAAAGGUUUCCUCAGAUGACAAAUCUGAAAGAAAAAGUAAACACCGAAGUGAACGGAAAAUAUCGGUAACAGGAAAAGAUGGAAAAAAUAUUUCUGAAUCAACCUUAAAAGCUGAAGAAUUGCUGCGUAAGGAAAGUAAAAAAGACAGGCAUCUCUCCACUGAAAAAUCAAGAGUGGAAUACAAGACCAAAAGGUCCCUGAGUGAUUCUAGGCCACAGAAGGAUUCCGUAAGUGCCUCAAAGCAAGUUGCUUCUGCAUCACACAGAAGGAGCGAAAGCUACUCAGAGGAUAAGCAUCAAACAGAAUCAACUAACUCUGACUGUAAUCUGAAACAAGAAGAUGGUGUUCAUAAAGAUAGAAGAAGAUCCAAGAGCCUUGUAGAAGACAAGAUUUUGUUAAAGUCUAAGUCAAAGAGUCAUAGUAAACAAUUCAGAGCAUCUGAAACAGAAUUACAGGAAAACAUAACAAAACAAGAGACGGGUCAGAAACUAGACAAAGAUAAGAGCACGGAAGAGAAUAAUUCAGAUAGGCAACACAAAUCCAAGAAUGAAGACAAAGUUCUUGGAGAGACUGGUGCUGAGUUUGAGCUUGUAAGUGGCACACAAUCAACUCAGGGGUCACAAAAAGACUUUAGUCACAGGGUUAAGUUACAUUCUGGAGAAAGAGGGUCUGUAAAAGAGAAAUACAGAGGUGAUAAAGACUUAAGCAAUGCCAGACUAGAAAGAAGGUUUUCUGCUGAAGGUCACAAAAGCAGAAACUUAAAGCACAGCAACAAGGAAAUAAAGAAAAAGGAAGAUAGUAUCAAAUUGGAGGAUAAAGUUAUUAAAGAAAUGGAUAAUGGGCAUGAAAAAGCAGUGAGCAUCAUAGUGGCAAUGGAUAAAAAACAAAGUAAGAAGAUACCCUGUGAAAAUAGAAAAGGCAGUAUAUCCAACCAAGAUUUAGUUGGGGAUGAAAAGCAGUCAGGUCGCACAACUGAAAGCAGCCAUGCUCCAACCCCUCAAAAGUCAAGAAUAAAUAAUGAUGCCUUGCAUUCUGGUCAUGAGGAAGAGCUGAUGGAACUUGAUUUGAAACAAACAAAAGUACAGGCAGCAUCUGACAUGGAAGGGAAAAACAUUCAAAACUCACUCCAAGCCACAGAUGCCAGGUAUGCAGCAAAAGAAAAAGUAUCUCGCUCCCUUUCAAAUAAGGAAUUAAACCGCAACUUGGCAGAUCCUGAAGCUUGUGAAUUGCAGUUUCUGCCUGCAGCUGAAAAAACUGUUAAACAAGAAGAUAUCCGUAAAAAACAAGUUGGUGCCUUAGACACGUUGUCCAAACAAGCUUCCAUGGAUCAAGGACCCAGUAAACAAGGGGCUUAUAAAAUGAGCGUUGUGUAUGAAACAAGUGGUAGAAUUCUACUGAACGUUCCCAGUAAGGAUCAAGCUUUGGAAGAUAGCAGGAGACCAAAGAAUUUAAAAACUGUGAUAAAUUCUAAUUCAGAUGAUGUUCCUUUAGCAAUUCAUUCUUCCAGAGAAGAUGCUGCUGAUGCAAAGCCCACGAAUAUCUCGGACUUCACAGAUUCCUUGGGUAGUGUGCCUAAAGCACGCCAUAAUUCAGAUGGGAAUUCUUUAUUUGAAAAUACUUUCAUUUUGAAGAGCGAUGCAGCACAGGUUGUAUACAUGGAGCAACAACGUAAUGCAGCGCUGAGUUCAGCCAUGACAGACGGUGGUGACACCAGCACUACAACAAACAGUGUAGAAAAGGAUAAGGAGGUGCCCCAGCCUGAUGACCAGGCAAUGGAAGACAGUACUGCUGUGUUACCUAGUCAGGAAGAGUAUGAUGAAGCAGCAGAGUUAGAAAGCACUCAGGGAAGUGAGUUGAAAAUAAAAGAGGAAAGCUUGAUGACUGACGUAACUGAAGAUUGUGGAAAUGUAACAACAAAGGAACUUCUACAAAUUAAAGAGAGAGAGUGCUUGAAUACAGAUGCUUCCACAAAGGGGGAAAGAAGCACAAUGAUGGAUACUGUGGAAAAGAGCAAGGUGCAUGAUAUCGAUGACAUGAUACAAUCUUCCUCGGUGUCCAUGCCUGAAAGAGUUCCUGCGGGAACACUCAAAGGCCCCAUUAUAGCCAGUGAGCAAGAAGAGAAUGGCAUGAUUGCCACAGAAGAUAAAAAUGAAAGCAGUGCAGUAGGUACCAGUGCGGGGAGUAGUAAACUUGGUUCAUUGUACAGCAGCCUACAAGCAACUCCAACCACCGUGAUAGGAACCAGUACAGAAGAGAGCACUGUAAUGGCCACUAGUACGGGAGAAGAAAGAGCUGAGGGCACAUCACGUUCUGAAAAGGACAGUGACGCUACAACCACUUGCUCAGAAGAAGAAAGUGAAGUGACGGUAAUCUGCACAAGCAUAGAAGCCGAUGAAGGUCUCACAAGGGGCAUAUGGGUAAAAAGCAGCGAGGGCGGCAGUUUCCUCACAGGGGCAGAUACUGGUGACUGUACUGUUGCAGCAGCUGAAGAAGGUGGCGGCAGUGUUGUCACCGAAGGAUUAGCAGAAAGUGAAAGUGUCCUAACAAGUACAGAAGGAGAAGAAAAUGGGGACUGUACCUUGGUUGCCGCAGAAGAAAGUGGUAAGGAUUCAGUCAAUGCAAGUGGAGUAGAAAUUGAAGACAGUGUGAACAGUGCUGGGACAGAAGAAAAAGAUGAUGCUGUGACUAGUGCAGGCUCUGAAGAAAAGCGAAAUACCUCAGCUUGCGUAGAUACAGGCAAAUAUGAAAGUUCUGUAUCCUGCUUAGGUGAAAUGGAGAGCGAUGGUGCUGUAACCAGUGCAGGGACAGAAACAGGUGAAGGGUCGACAAGCGCUGAAGGCUCAGGUCAAUUUAGGGACAGUGUGAGAGCUGGCCAAGUAAAAGAACAUGAAGGUACUGUGACUUGCACAGGUGCAGAAGAGAGAGGCCAUAAUUUCGUCAUCUGCUCAGUGACUGGUACAGAUGCCCAAGAAGAAAGCACUGUAACUGGUGCGUGUGUUGCAGUGGACACAAAUGACAGUGCCACAACUGGAACUAGUGGUGACAAAUCUGAGGAUACUGUAAAUGGUGAAAGCGCAGUGACCAGCACAGGCAUAACUCCAGAAGAUGAUGCUGAAAUUUCAGUAGUCUGCACAGGGCUAGAAGACAGCAAUGAGGGUUUUGCCAUUUGUUUAGAAGCUGAAAAAUGUGAAAGUCUAAUGGACAGUACAAGGGCAAAAGAAGAAGCCAGUGUCACUACAGUCAGUGUAGUUUCGUGUGAUGAUGAAGGUUUUGUGACUAGUACAGGCUCAAAAGAGGAGGAUGAGGAAGGUGAGGACAUUGUGACCAGUACAGGAAGAGGAAAUGAAGAAAAUGAGCGUGCUUCUGCUUGUAUGGGCAUGGGAAGUGAAAAUGCACUACUUUGUAUAGGUGCAGAAGAAGGUGAAAGUUCCAUUAUCUGCAUAGUUGCUGAACAAAUGGAAGCUGAGUCGGGAAUGGCUGGCACAAAUAUAAAUAAGCCUACUGUUGACAGCAUGACAAGUGCAGAGAAGGAAGGUGAUUGUGGCACAAACUGCACAAAUGCUAAAGGGAUUGUUGAAAGCAGUGUAACCAGCGCCAGUGCUGCAGAUGAGGGGGCCUUGACUGCGCAUGUAGGAAGGCAUGACGGUAGCUUGAUUCCCUUGGACGCCGAGGAGUGCGAGGGUCCCAUGACUAGUGCUAUGGCUGUGCAAGAUAAGAGUCAGUCUGACAGUGAAGACGAACACGAGAAUGCUAUGCCUUCCUUUGGCAGCAGAGGACUUGAUGCCUCUGUAAGUAGUGCAGUUCCAACAGAAGAUCAGAGUUCUGUUAUGCCUGCUGACAGAGAAGAAAAAGGGAAAGGUGAUAUCAUCUCUACCAGUACAGUGGAAGAAAGUGAUGCUCCCUUACAUUCAGCCAUGGAUGCUGAGGAAGGUCCACUUGCUGUCACAAGAGCAAAUGAAAGUGAGGAAAGGUCUAUCUUAGUAGACACUGAAGACACAGAGGUACCUAUGCCAAGUACAGCUACGGAGUUUAAAGAGUGUGUGCAUAGUUUUAGCAGUAAGCAGGAGAAAGAUGAGUGUACUAUGAUUUCUACCAGUAUUGUGGAAGAAUUUGAGGCUCCUAUGUCAAGUGCAACUAUUGAAUAUGAUGGUCGUCUCCCCUCUGUGAAAACAGAAGACAUAAAUGAGAAUGCUGUGGUUUCUGUAGACAUGGAAAUAUAUGAAGUUCCCAUGCCUAGUGAAUCCAGUGUGGGAGGAGAUGAUAACCGUGAUGAUGAAAGUCACCCAACUGCCAGCAGUAAGGAAGAAAAAGAUGAGUGUGCUAUGAUUUCCACGAGUGUUGUGGAAGAACAAGUAAUUUUAACGUCAGGUGAAGCCACGGAAGAGGCAGUUCAACACGGGUCAGACGCAGAGUCAAAGAAUGAAACAGUAAUGAUCUCUACAAGUACAGCAGAAUGUUUUGAAGCUCCUGUGUCUAGUGGAGCAAUGCAAGAUGAAAACAAACUCACUGCUUCGGAAACAGAAGGAAGAUAUGAAGCUGCUAUGAUUACGACAAGCAUGACAGAAGAAUGUGAGAUAGUCCUGAUCAGCGCAGCACCACAAGCGGAAAGGCAGCUCCUUGUAGCAGAUGGGGAGGAAGAUGCCGUUAUCUCUCCAAAUGCGUCAGAAGAAUGUAAGAUUGUGGAGACCACUGCAGCUGUAGAUGAACAGUUUGAACUAGCCGCUUUCGAUGCGGAUGCAAAAAGCAAAGGUUCUGUGAUUUUUGUGGGAGAAUGCGGGGCUCCUGUGCUGAGGGUUGCCACUGACAGUGAAGAUCAACACACCGCUUCAAGUGUAGGAGAUAAGGAGGAGGGGGCAGUGAUCGCUCUGAGCACAGUGGAAGAAUGCGAUAGUCUCUUCACCUUUACAGUCAUAGAAGAAAGUCAACUUGCUGCUGAGAGUACAGAAAUAGUAGACAAAAGUGAGGAUACUGAUAACCAGAUUGAAUGCAUCCUAUCGACUGCAGGUCCAGAAAAAAGCGAGAGUUCUUUGCUUGUUAUUGGUAGAGAGAACAAAAACAAGGAGAGUGGCAUGAGUGGAGAAUCGGCAGUUUCUCAGACCACAAUAGGCAGUGAAAUCGCAGAAACGGAUGAAAAUUCAGUGAACCUUAUGAGCGUAGAUGAAACCCUUUGCGUGGAGAUCAGUACGGAGACUGCUGUCAGUCCAAGUCCUUCCUCAGAGGCAAGUGAGGAUGAUGAGCAAGCUGAAGAUGUUUUGCGUGAUGACAUUACCUCAGAACUUUCUUGUAUGAUUUCAGAAGCGGCAGUAGAGAGUGAAACUCUAAGGAAUGUAAACAACAAAUGUAACCCAAAUUUGCUUUUAGAAAGUGACUUUUCUGAAAUAAGGACUCCUCUGCCUAGGGUGCAGGCCCUUUCCUUAGUUUCUACAAAUGAAGUGACUAUAAAUACCAACCAUGGUGAAAUGACAUCAGAAGCAGAAUUAGGGGAGAAAGGCGACUUCCCUGUGUUGCACGUAGAAGAGCUAUACAGCAGUGAUGACAAAACGAACUCAGUUAAAAUAGAUGAUACUGGAAUUGAAGUUACUGUUAAAAAAAGUAACGCAACCUUUAAUUCAGGCAAUAACGCAGCUUUACCAAAGUUGGCAGAAGAACUAGAAUUUGAAAGUAACUUGAAAACUGAUGAGCCACAACAGCCUGAAAGUCCAAGAAGUGAAGAGGGAUCUGUGGAUCUUCAUACUAAAGAGAUUCAAAAAG